AUGUCUAGGGUAGGCUAUGACCUAUUUUGAGAUAUUUCAUAUUCAUUAUUGCAAGUAGAUUUAGACAAAAUUUACGGCUCUUCUUUUUUCGGAAAAACUGUGGUCUUUUAUACAUACGUUACAAGAGCUCAGCGCCAAGAAGACUAAGGUUAGCUAGAAGUAGGAAAAGUGGCCUUAUUGCAAGUCUUCACCGAGCCUCCGCCGGGCAUCCAAUGGCUAUCUCAGGCCUCGUAGGUACUUUCUGCAAUCUUUUUUUAGGGCUCCGCCUGUAUCAAUUGAUUUUGUGCCAUACGUGCUUUUUUUGGGCUAACACAGCAGCCUAAGUUUCGAAGAAGACAACAGGCCAUAAAAUUUAAUUUUACAGACAAUGAAAAUUGCGGUAUUUCUCCUUGCCCUCUCCAGCGCCGUUGCCGCUCCAUUGACUCCGUUCCGUAUAGUCGGAAACGCCUCUAGUGGUGCUAAUGUAAGUCUGAGGAGGGUUUUCGGUGGUUUUUCUAAUUACUCCAGUUUUUUGUCAGCAACAUGUUUUUUGCCAUGCUUUGCAGGUAGUUUGCGGUGUUCCACUUCCAGUUAAAGACAUAGUCAACAGCUGCCGGGUUCCCUUUGGCUUUGUUCCGGCAACCAUUCACAGCAAAGCUCAGAACGACGCAGCCUUGAGUAUGUUUUUUUAUUAGUGUUGUAUGGAUCGGGCUAACAAAUCUUCAUGUUUAGAAGAUGUGUUACGAUGACACCCGUUUAAAAUGUGUUAGUGGUAUUAAAAACGGCUGUAUAUGGGUAGGAGUUCUUCCUUGAGUGAACACAAACCAAUUUAAGCAGAAAACUUUUGCAAUGCUCAACUUGGAUGAUUUUUUUUCCGGCGAGAACCUUUGCAGGUUCCAAAUUUUUUUGUCAUACUCCGAGGAGCGCUCGUAUUCUGUUGUUUACAUCACUAGGACAUUUUAAAUCGGUGUCAUCGUGACAUAUUUUCUGGACACGCAAUGGUUUAUAAGUCACGAGCCAUAUAGCACCUAAUUUUUUUGGAAUCGUACAUUUUUUAUCUUGUUUUCCCCGUUUUUUCCAAAUAGUGUAUUGCUAUGCAUUUGUUACCCUCAAUUUCAGAGAUUGCCGCCGGCGUCCCGAUUUACUGCUCCGACGCCACAGAUAAAAUUGUAAUUGGGCUCUACUCGGAGCACCAGAAAUUCAAGUGGCUUGGAAGCAACACCACCUACGACUUUAAUAACAUCCGCAAGGGCGUUGAGAUCCCGGACGGCCCCACCUACUAUGUUCUCGCUUUCAAAGACACCGCAGAGCAAAAGGCCGGAGAAUGGCUGCCGGUGGAUGGCAAUGUUAGAAUUGCUGGUGCUUUGUGCGUCAAUAAACAUUAA